UGUGUUUCUGUUACUGUCAAGUAGGAUCCUGAGGUGGUCAACACAGAACAGUUGGUUAAUACUUUAAAGCUGCAUACCUGGAACAAUGCCUCCUCAUAAGAUAGAGACUGGGCACCAAGAUGUGGUGCAUGACAUCGCCAUGGAUUACUAUGGGAAGCGCAUUGCUACUGCAUCCUCUGAUAACACAAUAAAGAUCAUUGGCGUAAGUGGCACUUCGCACCAGCAACUUGCUACUUUAAGCGGACACCAGGGUCCAGUUUGGCAAGUCGCUUGGGCUCAUCCUAAGUAUGGCUCCAUGCUUGCAACCUGCAGCUACGAUGGUCGGGUUAUUAUAUGGAAAGAAGGGAGUAAGCCCGAUGAGUGGGCACAGGCACACACUUUCGUCGAGCACAAGUCCUCUGUAAACUCCAUUGCUUGGGCGCCUCAUGAGCUUGGCCUAUGCUUGGCUUGUGGUUCAUCUGAUGGGAACAUUUCAGUCUUCACAGCCCGUUCUGAUGGAGGGUGGGAGACGACGCGCAUUGACCAGGCUCAUCCAGUGGGCGUGACCUCUGUUUCCUGGGCUCCCGCAAUGGCACCUGGUGCUUUAAUCAGCCCAGGGCCUUCUGGGCAGUUUGAGUAUGUUCAGAAACUUGCCUCUGGUGGCUGUGACAACACAGUGAAGGUGUGGAAGCUGACCAAUGGGAGCUGGAGGAUGGACUGCUUUCCUGCCCUUCAGAUGCACAGGGACUGGGUUAGAGACGUUGCCUGGGCUCCAAACCUAGGUCUCCCAAAGUCCACGAUCGCCAGCGCCUCUCAGGAUGGAACCGUCGUGAUCUGGACCGCACCGAAAGAAGGUGAGCAGUGGGAAGGCAGAGUUCUGAAUGAUUUCAGAACCCCUGUCUGGAGGCUGUCGUGGUCACUGACAGGGAACAUACUGGCGGUCUCCGAUGGCAACAACAACGUGACCCUGUGGAAAGAGGCUGUGGAUGGUGAAUGGCAGCAAGUGACUACUGUCGAGCCGUAGAUGGACCGCGUUCUACAUGUAGCCGCGUUAAUCCAUCAUCAUAACAAAUGUAGCUUCAUCUUUAUGUCAAUUCUAUGGCGUGCGACAUGCUGUUGUCUAGAACUGAAGUAGAUAAAUAGAACUUCUAUCCCAAAUGGACUCCUGUAUCCAGUGCUGUGGCAUAACCAUACUUUUUUAUUUUGGCUAAGUUAUGCGGAUCGAUCCUCUUUUUCCC